CUCGCCACCGUGAGGAAGUGUGCUUUUGGUGCGCCUACCGUUAUCAAUCAUGACCUUGCAAAAACGUCGAGUGCGCUGCAGGUAUGUGCGCAAUCCCGACUCCCAAAAUCCUAUCAGCGAUUGCCAUGCUGGGUGGCAAAACUGUCCAUGGGUACACCCUGAGGACCCAGAAUGGCCAACCACAGUGAAUUUGGCAUUACCAUUGACGCGCAAUACCUGUGUUGAUACCGUGUAUCAGCGCAACUACCCACGCCACGAAGAUCGCAACGCUGUCGCUCCCUCUGCUCCCCCUCCAUUACGCUUCGAUGUGAACGAGGAGCCCCAACCGCGCUCUGCCUUUGGUAGAUCAUCCGCGGCCGGUAGGCAGCCUGCUGCGCCUGUACCGCAUCGUGGGCCACCACCGCCGGACGAUACCUUCGAUCGUGCGGGAUGGGCCCUUCCCUCUCGUAGCAACUCUUCCAACAGAACACCACAUCGAGACGCGCCCGUCGUCAAGUUUGAAAGUGGCUCUACGUCGACGACACCGUCCUUGCCAGUCGACAAGGGCAAAGGCAGAGAGGGCCCGCCGUCGGGAUCUUCAGGUCUCUUUGGCUGGAAAUCCGGGGAAACCAAGUCCAGCGUGAACACUGAGAGUGGCGGAGACGGCGCAUCGUCUGGAGUGGGCAAUGUCGGUGGCUGGGGCAUUGGAGGUGACGAUUGGGAUACAGGAGACAGUGGAUGGGGUGGCCCGUCUACAUGGGAUCCCCAGCCGGCGGCCACACCAGCGACGCCUGCCGUACCUCCUCCUUCUCUCAAGAAACCAGAUACCCCGCGUGCGUCGGGCAGUCAAAUCCCACUCAAGAAGCUUGCAAAGAAGCCCGACAUGCCACCUCCACCCCCUCCAUCGUCGUCGCCCAUUCGACCGGAGCCAUCAUCGUCACGGGCGGAGGUCCCUUCACCUAGGGCAGCUGUCUUCUCGCCCGAGCGCAACGUUCCACGCCCCCAAACGCCGCCUUCACCUGCAGCGACUACUUCACGUCCUCCCGAGCGUCGCUCGCUCUCUAGGCCGCCAAAGACACGGGUCAAACCUGAUGAAGCUGCUAUGGCGCACCAUCCCAAGCGCGCCGAGGCAUACGUCGAAGUGGUUCACGCGAUGCUCGCAGUCAUCCGGUGCAAAUUAGCGUCCGUAGAGACGCACGAGCGCUACGAGAGGUGGCGCAAGGCAAGGUCCUCAGCAGACUACGCUCACGCAUCCGUACGCGCGCAGGAAAUGAUCAACGACGACAGUACAGAGCUGCGUCGCGCGCGCGACAAGGCAAAGGCAGAUCUCAAGAAAGCUCUCGCGCAUCUGACCUUCGUGUGCGCCGACAAGGACGUGUUCACCCCUCCGCCGACUUUCGACGCCGAUCGCGACUACGAAGAGGUCAAACGCUACACGGCAGAGCUGAAUGCAUGGCUAGGUCGUAUUGCGCCGGCGUUCGCGAUGCUUCCUGUAUUGCCAGAUCCCGACGCUCCUGCACCUGAGCGCAACACGAAAGCAAGCCAUUCGUCCACUACGCCUGAUGAUCUAAUGGACGUGGAUGAGGAACUCAGAGAGGUUCCACCUACCGACUUGCACACGCGCGUCAAGCUCCUAGAUGCUGAGAUCGAGAAAUACAAGCGUGACGAGUACGAUUACGCACCGCCAGCCCCGAAUAUCGCCGCCGAGAAAGAAGAGCAGAUACGCGCACGACUGGAGCCGCGCGUCGCUGCUGCCGUGAAGGCACGGAAGAUGGAGAUGGCUGACCACACGGCGGCGCGGAUGCAGGGAAUCGACGAAGUAAUGGAGAUGCGGGCGAAGGAGAGCGUUGUGUCCUUGCGACAGAUACGCGCGAAUCAGUUGCUCAUCCUGCAGUUGCGGGCGAAGAAGGCGGAGAACGAGGCAAUCAAGGACAGAAUCGCUGCGAAGAAAGACGAAUGCGAGGCCCUCGAAGCGCAAGUUCAUUCACUCAACGACGGGCUCGUCCAUCUUCUAGCCCGGGAUCCCAUACCACAACACCCGCUGCCGCGCCAGCAGGAAGGCAUCACUCCGGAAGCGCUCGAGAAGUACAUGCAGCCCGCCGUGGAUCGCAUCGUAAAAGACAUCUACGACAAGGAGGUCCUUUCCGCGCUGGAAGCCAUGUCCUUGAGCGCGGGCAAGUUCGAGGCGGAGGCGCGCAAGAACAUCGAUCCCGACCUGCAGAAAGCACUCGACAUCAUGAAGCAGCUGAAGCAAGUCCUGCCUUCUUGA